AUGCCGAAAUUCUUCUGCGACUACUGCGAUGUCUACUUGACCCACGACUCCAUGUCGGUGCGCAAAGCCCACAACAGCGGUCGUAACCACUUGCGCAACGUCGUCGACUACUACCAGCAAAUCGGUCACGAGAAGGCCCAGUCCGUCAUCGACAGCAUCACAUCCUCCUACGCCGCUGAGGGACAGGCACACGCGAACCCCAUGUUGCCUCAGAACCAGCCUGGCCACGGCGCAGCCCCCGGCUUCCCCGGCGGCAUGCCACCUCCCUUCCCAGGUAUGCCGCCUCUGCCCGGCAUGCCAGGUGCCCCUCCCCUGCCCCCCGGUGCUUUCGGCGGUCAGGGUCUGCCUCCUCCUCCCGGCGGACGUGGCAUGCCGCCAUUCCCGGCUCCUGGACAAGGCGGGCUACCGCCAUUCCCAGGCAACUUACCCUUCCCACCCCCCGGAGGUGGCCUGCCUUUCCCACCACCAGGUGCCGCAGGUGCUCCGCCAUUCCCAUUUCCAGGAAUGCCGCAAGGACAAGGCUUUCCUACCCCUCCGGGCAUGCCUCCCUUCCAACCACCCGGAGCUCAGCAGCACGGCGGACGCUAG